GAUGGAAUUAGUUGAUUCCAAUGGCGAUAAAGAGAAAUCCGAAUCCAAAUCAUCGAAUGUUAAAGUUGUAAUUGCGAAUAAAAACAAGAAAGUGUUUACAGGAAUAAAGAGAGCUGCUCAUCAGAUUCCUGAGGAAAUUCUCAAUAAUCCCAAACUUCAGCAUGCGGUCAAGCAGCUACCUGAUAAUUAUAAUUUUGAGAUAUAUAAGACAGUAUGGAAGAUACAAUCAACAGGUGCCAAGAGAGUUGCACUACAGUUUCCAGAGGGAUUGUUAAUGUUUGCCUGCACAAUAGCAGAUAUAAUAGAAGAAUUUACUGAGGCAGACACAGUAAUCAUGGGAGAUGUGACCUAUGGAGCUUGCUGUGUGGACGACUUCACUGCAAGAGCUCUCGGUGCUGAGCUAAUGAUUCAUUACGGACACAGCUGUCUUGUGCCCAUAGACCAGACAGGAGGGAUCCAGAUGUUGUAUGUGUUUGUGGACAUUAAGAUUGAUACCAUGCAUUUUCUGGACACAAUCCGACACAACUUCCCUUCUGGCUCUUCCAUAGCAUUAGUGUGUACCAUACAAUUUGUGGCUGCCCUGCAGGCUGCCAGUCGAGAACUGAAGGAUGAGUAUGAAGUCAUUAUCCCCCAGAGUAAACCCCUGUCUCCUGGUGAAAUACUGGGCUGUACAUCUCCAAAACUCAAACCUGGAACAGAGGCUAUCAUAUAUCUUGGAGAUGGCAGAUUUCAUCUUGAGUCAAUCAUGAUAAGUAAUCCCACUGUGCAAGCUUAUAGGUAUGACCCAUACAGUAAAGUCUUUUCCAAAGAAUACUAUGAUUUUGACAAGAUGCAUUCCAUAAGAAGGAAUGCCAUAGCAACAGCUGCCCAAGGUCAGAAAUACGGAGUGGUGCUAGGAACUCUGGGAAGACAAGGGUCAACUAAGGUUUUACAGGAAUUGCUGGAGAAAAUAAAUGAGUGUGGUAAAAGUAGUACAUUGGUACUAUUGUCAGAAAUUUUCCCAGACAAGCUAAAGUUAUAUCCAGAUAUUGAUGCAUGGGUACAGAUUGCUUGCCCAAGGUUAUCAAUAGACUGGGGCAUGGCUUUUGAAAAACCGUUGUUAUCUCCUUAUGAGAUGUCAGUUGCCCUGAAUAUUGCCCAGUGGCAAGAUGUGUAUCCUAUGGACUUUUAUGCAAAUGACAGUUUAGGCCCAUGGACUGUGAAUAACAUUAAACACCAGCCCCCAAGAAAGAAACCACAGAGAAAGACUGUUCCUAUCAAAGCUGAGCCACUGACCGGUGGUUCUUGUUCAAAUACUUGUGCAUCAUGUUCAUGUUCACAAAAAUCAAAUAUGAAUAGUAUAGAAUUAAAGGAUAAAACUUAAA